AUGCAAUACACUGAUAAGGAUUUAAAUACAUAUAGAGAAAUACUGAUUCAAACUUCAGCACAUUUGACACUGGACGGGUCAAAAAUUAAGAAAGGUGGCACAAAGUAUACACAAAUUAUUACCAAGCUCUUUUCCUCGGGAACGGGGGUACAAUUACAAACACAUAAUUUAGUAUAUUGGAAUGAUCCGAAUGAGUUGGUUGAUAGGUUACGACUUCUUUUAGCCUCUCAAUCUGCGGGAAACACUGGGGUUUCAAACGAAAUAUUAUCUAUUUUUGAAGAACUCUAUGAAUCCGGCAUAACAAAGAAAAUACCAAAUGUCUAA